AUGGAGCUCGAAGACAUCGUUAAUGAAGACCAUGAAUUACCAAGCAUGAACGAAAAUCAGCAUCCAACUGCUGGAAAGGUCCAAAUUGGUAUUGAUGGUCUUCCAAUCCAGCAAGCUCCAGAUGUCCCUCGACCAGAAGAAGAGGAUGUUAACGAAGAACCAAGCCAAAAACAGCAAGUUAAGCAAGUUAGUGCUAUUGGAACUAUUUUCAAUCUCUUAAACUCUGUUUUGGGCAUUGGUCUAUUAAGUGUUCCUAAUUCUUUCAUAAAUACAGGCGUAAUAAUGUCAUAUGUUGUUCUAAUACUUAUGGCUGUCUUAUCAUUCUUCGCAACAAAUAUCGUUAUCAAGCUACAGACGCAAACAGGAGCAGAUGGUUUUGACGACCUCGCUUUUAAGAUUCUAGGUAAGAUUGGUUCGAUUGUUUUAUCAGUAUUAACACUUCUUUUCUUAACUUGUGCCCUCCUAGCUUAUAUGAUUGUCGCUGGAGAUAUGCUCAUUUCAUGGUUUUCUAUGGGAGGAAUCGAUCUAACUAAAGGAAUUUGGUGGAGAGCCCUCAUGAUUUUCGUCUAUUCUAUAUGUCUCCCAAUUCCUCUUACUAUUCCACGUAAUAUUUCAUUCUUGCAAUACUUUUCAACAGCAACAGUAUUCUGCCUUUCAUUCUUCCUCAUUGUAAUGAUAUACAAAUGCAGUUCAAUCGUCCCCAAGCAAGGAAUUAGCAAGUCAAUCAGUUAUUGGAAACUUGAUUUCAAAGUUUUCUCAACAUUAUCAAUUUAUGCGAUCACCUUUUCAUUACCUGUUGUAACUAUACCAUCAAUGAAGCUUUACAACCCAGAUUACAGAAAAAGAUGCAGAAUAAUUAUUAUUACUUGUAUUCUCUGCUGCCUUGUUGUUGGUGUAACCGGAAUCACAGGAUAUACAAUCUUUGGUGCCGAAACUUCAGAUAAUAUCCUUAAUAGCUUUGAAAAUAAUGAUAUUGUUAUUCUUAUCGUCAGAAUUUGUUUCUUUGUAGUUGUUACAUGCGCUUAUCCAUUACUUAGCCAAGCAGUACUCGGUAGCUGGUCUUCUUUGAUUUAUAAAGUUAAUACACCAAAUACUUUAUCAAAUGGAAAGCGUGCUUUAAUUUUAUGCCUUACAAAUGGCAUUCCUCUUAUUAUUGCUAUGUUCUUAUCCAAGGUCAAGCCAGCUCUUGGUGUUUCUGGCUCUCUUGGUGGUUGUUUUGCUAAUUAUAUGUAUCCAGCCAUUCUUUACUUCUUUAACUCGAAACAGAAGUGGACAUAUUGGAAGAAUAUCUUGGCAAUUCUUCUUGGCCUCUUCGGUUUAGCUGCUGGAAUUAUUUCAACAUAUUUGGCAUUUGUUGAUGCAGUUCACGCCUUUUCUUCAAAAGGCGCUUAG